AUGGCUGCGCUCGCUAACUCCCUCAUCGACAUGCCUGUCUCCAAAAAUUCCAAGACCAUCGUCAAAACUCGACCUCGCUCGAGAUCUAUUCCCUCUUCAAGCUUUAACAACGAAAAAGCCCGCAUCGCGGCCUUCUUCGCCGCCAUUCGCUCUAACCCAGAGCCACCGAAACCAGGGAAACCACUCAACACGGUUACGAUUCAACUCAGGCUCGUCAAGGGCUCCAAAGUCGCCAAACCAUCGUCUUCCUUGCCUCGAUCCAGGAAGCUCAAAAUCGACAGUAUACUCUACAGAUCAGCUCGGAAGACGCUCUCCAAGCACAACAUCCCCGUCAAGAAGAUCUACUUCCCCUCCAACAAACGAGACAUUUACAUCGACGGCAUCAAAGAACGCAUUCCCACGGUCGAGAUUACGGCUGUUCGCGCCAUCCCUGAACACCACUGGCGAGCUGCCAUUCGUGACAUUUACGAUGAAUUUACCGAAGCGGGAUAUCAGGGUAUCCAGAUCCCUCCCCAGCUUCCAGAAAUCUCGAUUGACUCGUUCCAACCUUUUGAGUUGUUCGAGUCUUGUACCAUUUGCCUGGCUCAUAUGGCCAAGUCUUCUUCUGCUUGA